GACUCGAGUAGAGAAUUAUAUCCCGCCCUUCUUAUGAACUGAUGGUGCUUACUUCGGCGCGACGUUGAAAAGCCUGUUCUCGGGCACAGUGCCAUUAAGACCUGACACCGUCGCCUAAUCUUGUGGUCUGAAAUCAAUUCCACCCAACGUCCUCCUGUUUGGUUUCAGCGCAGAUUGUGAUUCCGCCGCCCGCAAAUCCAUCUAAUUCCCUUGAUCGCCACCCUCAGAUUCGUCAGAGGGCACUGCAUAAUGAUUUCCUCUGUCUGGGAAUUUUUGCGCUCGCAUGGCCCUCUCGUGUAUUUAUCUGGCGAGGAGGGGGGAUGGACGGAUGGUAGAAAGACACUUCUAUCCCCAACAUAUCCUGUCUUCGAACUAUCAACUGUGCGCUUCAAAUGACCCCAGCGAACAGACCAAUCAGCGUCAUCCACCUCAAUUCGGCUGCCCAAAAAUACCGGUUCGAGUAUCAAUGGGUGGACUCACAAUAUCGCAAUUCGGAGAACCAAAUUGCACAUCAAUCACGACUUUUUCGGAGCGGAAUAUAUUGGAGAUGGCUCCAGGAAGAACGAUGCGAGGGAUAGUGCUGCAGCCCGAUUUUUUGAGGAUCAUCCUCAUCUCUGGGAGUGCAAUUAACCGAUUGAUUAUCUUGCCGUUCAUAUACUCUAUUUCCGAUUGCCAUUGCAUAGAACUCCAGGUCAAUGCGCACGAUUUGCUCUAUAAUCACUUCUUGGUUCCACAUUGUUCCUUCUAUAUGUUUUAGACGAGUUUAUGCUAAUAUAGACAUCCACGGUAACGAGUAGACGGCUACCACCCCCAUUGCAAAGCCAGACUACUUAUAACUACACUCACGGAACUGAGAGCCAUUG